CUGCCUUCAACUUCCCAAACUGCAAUUCAUAGUUCAUAAGCACAAAAAGCCUAAGUAGAGGAAAACAAAAUGUCUACUGCUCUUUCUUUGUCUGUCUCUCAGUUCCCCCUAUGCAAAUCCCAAGACUUCUCCAAGGAUGUUUACAAUCCUAAAAUCUCCAAUAAAGAAACCCCAUGUCAGAAAACACAUUCAGACACCAGAAUAAACAGGAGGAAGCUGUUGAGUACUAGUGGUUUGAGCCUUGUAGCAGGGACUUUGUCUAAGCCAGCAAGAGCUGAGACUGAAGCACCAGUUGAGGUAACUUCAAGUAGAAUGUCAUAUUCAAGAUUCUUGGAUUACUUGAAUCAAGGUGCUGUCAAGAAAGUUGAUUUCUUUGAGAACAGUGCUGUUGCUGAGAUAUUGAUCAAUCCUGCUCUUAACAAAGUCCAGAGAGUUAAAAUUCAGUUGCCAGGAUUGCCACCAGAAUUGGUGAGAAAACUUAAAGACAAGAAUGUAGAUUUUGCUGCUCAUCUACCUGAAAAGAAUGUAAUUGGACCACUUCUUGAUUUGCUUGGGAAUUUAGCUUUUCCAUUGAUAUUGCUUGGUUAUUUACUGUUGAGAAGCUCUUCAAAUACCCCUGGAGGGCCAAACUUGCCUUUUGGAUUAGGAAGGAGCAAAGCCAAAUUCCAGAUGGAACCAAAUACAGGAGUAACAUUUGAUGAUGUGGCUGGAGUUAAUGAAGCAAAACAAGAUUUUCAAGAGAUUGUUGAGUUUUUGAAGACUCCAGAGAAGUUUGCUGCAGUUGGAGCAAAGAUACCAAAGGGAUUUCUCUUAGUAGGGCCACCAGGGACAGGGAAGACAUUGCUGGCUAAGGCGAUUGCUGGAGAAGCAGGGGUGCCAUUCUUUUCUCUCUCUGGCUCAGAGUUCAUUGAGAUGUUUGUUGGUGUGGGAGCUUCUAGAGUUAGGGACUUAUUCAACAAGGCGAAACAAAAUUCGCCUUGCAUAAUUUUUAUUGAUGAAAUUGAUGCUGUUGGGAGGCAGAGAGGAACUGGUAUUGGUGGAGGAAAUGAUGAAAGAGAGCAGACACUGAACCAACUUCUUACUGAAAUGGAUGGUUUUACUGGGAACACUGGAGUCAUUGUCAUUGCUGCUACUAAUAGGCCUGAAAUUCUUGAUCAAGCUUUGCUUAGACCUGGAAGGUUUGAUAGGCAGGUAACUGUUGGACUGCCUGAUAUAAGAGGAAGAGAAGAAAUAUUGAAAGUUCACAGUAACAACAAGAAGCUUGACAAAGAUGUGUCUCUAAGUGUUAUUGCAAUGAGAACACCAGGAUUCAGUGGUGCAGAUCUUGCAAACCUGAUGAAUGAAGCUGCCAUUCUAGCUGGAAGGAGAGGAAAAGAUAAGAUUACCUCAAAAGAGAUAGAUGAUUCCAUCGAUAGAAUUGUCGCUGGAAUGGAAGGAACUACCAUGACAGAUGGAAAGAACAAGAUUCUGGUAGCAUACCAUGAGGUUGGACAUGCUGUCUGCGCGACAUUGACCCCUGGCCAUGAUGCAGUACAGAAAGUCACAUUGAUCCCAAGAGGUCAAGCUCGCGGUCUUACAUGGUUCAUUCCUGGUGAAGAUCCAACCUUAAUCUCUAAGAAGCAACUCUUUGCUAGAAUAGUGGGAGGCUUAGGAGGUAGAGCAGCAGAGGAAAUAAUUUUUGGUGAACCAGAAAUCACUACUGGUGCAGCAGGAGACUUGCAACAAAUAACUCAAAUAGCAAGACAGAUGGUUACAAUGUUUGGGAUGUCUGAGAUUGGACCAUGGGCGUUAACAGAUCCAGCAGCACAAAGUGGCGAUGUGGUGCUGAGAAUGCUAGCGAGGAAUCAAAUGUCAGAGAAACUAGCAGAAGACAUUGAUGAAUCUGUAAGGCACAUAAUCGAGAGAGCAUAUGAAAUUGCAAAGAACCACAUCAGGAACAACAGGGAGGCAAUCGACAAAUUAGUGGAUGUCCUGCUGGAAAAGGAGACUCUUACAGGAGAUGAGUUUAGAGCUAUACUCUCAGAAUUCACUGAUAUCCCAUUCGUUAACAUAAACAGAAAACCAAUUAGAGAACUAAUUGAGGCCUAGGUGAAAUUACUUCCAAUGUACAGCUGCAGAAACUAAAUACCUUCACAAGAUUUUACAUGUUUAAUGCAGUGCAGAAAGCAAGAUCAAUGUAAUAUAAAUAGAUAAUCUUCAUCAACUUUGUGUAU